UAUCAUCAGCUUCACUCGUAUACCCUUCUAAAAAAAGAUGACUGCAUCCUCCAAUAGUUUCGAUAUUUUAAUACUACCUAAGUGUAUUCAUGCCUCGGGUAUAAAAUCGAAAAAAGUUCCUAAGUUGCCAUUUAUGUAGUUCUUGCUUAACCUUUUUAAAUUUACUCUUGAAUGUCUAUAUGUAUAUGUAAAUAUGUAUUUCUACAGAUGCAAGGCAGGUGUUGUUUACAUACUGAGUCUGAUGCUCCGCUAUAGCAACAUGCUCGCUUACAAUUACAUUUAUGAAGCUCAGCGUAAAUAUAACUACUUAUGUCAAGUUGAUGCUUGCUUCAGCGACAUCUAGCCAAUUGGGGCUUGUAAACAGUAUACGCUUGAAGGUCUUCCGCGAUCAGGUCGUGUGCUCAAUUUGGCGCAGUGUCAGAGUUAUUUGCUGAUAUGGUGUAUGAUUAUGUAGAUCUAGAUAUUUUUAUGAAUGAAAAACCGUAGAGAAUUAGAGUAGGUAAAUAUUACUAAAAGAAGAAAAAAGUAAUAAAGUGGUCUGAUCUGAACAUUUUGUUCGGAGAGCGCAUCAUAGCCUUGGACCAUAACCCGGGCUAAAUUUCGGGAAGAUAUCCCAUCAAAUAAAAAAAUGUUUCCACACAAUACUGGGCUUAGAUCGAUCACUUUUGUAUCGCAGAUAUAUCCUGGUGGACCGAUAUCGGCGAAGCCAACAAAUUAGCAGAGUUUUGGGGAGAAAAACGCGAUCGAUAUCUCAAAUAAUGAGGGACUAAGUAGUUUGCCUAUAUACAGACAGACAAAUGUUGCUAAAUAACUAUAUGUAGAAUCUCCGACGUUUGCUUUUGGGUGUUGUAAACUUCGUGACAAAUUUAAUAUACUCUUUUCAAGGUAAAGAAAUGAGACGCAGGCUCGUUGUGGGCGAUCUUUAGUGUUAGAAAGACCACAAAAUCUUAAGUGAGAGUUUGUGAAGAAAUCAAGCCCUGUUUUUACUGGAUAUUUUAAGCCCGUAUCAUCUCUGAAACAGAAAUGAAAGCAGAAUAUUCAUUCAUAUAUGAAAGAUAUUUCUAUAAACUAAGACAAAGCCUCCCAAGCCAUCCAAGCUUAGAAUAAGUGGGGUUUUUCGUAUAUUCUCAAGUAAUAUGAAUCUGUGAAUUCUUAUAACUACCUCCUUUUUGCAUAUGUGACACUGUCAGAACAAAAAAAUGGAAGAGCUUGUUAUCUCAUCAUGACAAAAGUUUUGCCUUUAUGUCUAUAUGUCUAAAUAAAACGCUGUGUAAAAUGAAGGAGAUUUCAAUCGAAAUCUCUGCAAUUAAACAAAGAGCGUUUAUUUGUCGUGUCUUAUAACUUCUCUUCGCUUAAUUUUAUACUUCUCUAAAAGAAAAGAAAAUGAAAAUAUUUUAAAGUCUAUUAACUUUGAAGUCCACUUAAGAUUUUUUUAUUAGGAGCCUCUACUUGUCCGACACUAGUUAAAGGUCGCACCUUGGACCUCACUAGAGUCCACUAUGCAAGAUAUUAUCAAAUAAGACAGUGAAUUUUUUUUACAUAUCGAGGAAGUGGAAAUGAUACUGCCAAAUGUCCAAAUAAAUGAUUCUCCUCAUUACCGAAUUUCCCAAUUUGGGGAAUUACUCCAUUUCUAUGUAAUUUUUUGAACUGUGUUUACUUAUGUUACAAUACUAAUGUACAAUUAUUCCAACUAUUGUCUUAAGUUGUAAGCACAAAUGAUAUUGUAAACAAAUCUAGAACGAUUCAAACACUCAAACUGAACGGUUGAAAUUGCACGCGCUGUUCGUCGCCAGUCGCAAGUCAGCCAGUUUGAAAGCGCUUUAUACGAGAACAAAGUGCAUGUGGUCGCGUUGUCACUUAAGUGAAUAACGAGCGUGUAAAAUAAAGCAAUUUUCACACACGACGUCAAGUGUUGCAGUUGAAAAAUUAACUGAAAAGAUAAGCAAACUGAAAAAACGUGAAAAGUGUUUUAAAUUAAUUUAAUUCAAGUGGUCGCGUCAGCAGUAAGUGAAAGUGAUAAAUACAAAUAGCAGUACAAUACACACAUAUAUACAUAUUUGUAUAACAUACACAGAGGCGCUACACCCUGUACUGCAGUAGUUACGUUUUGAAAAUGUCAGCAAUAAAAGUGUGUGAAGCGCUCGUGCGGCUUUAUAUUUAUGCGCUGUGUGGCCUAAGCACGGUUUCCGCGCUGCCUUACAACUACGAUGACAUACACGAUUUAAGCGCCACGCGUCCCGACGCGCAACCAAAACAAUUGCGGCUCUGGCUGACAAUAAGUGCGCGCCAUCGUUUUUUGGAGGUGUCUUGGACCAAUGCGCCUGCGCACAAGGAUGAUCACAUAUUGAUUACAAUGCAGGCGCCACAUAAGUUUGAACGCGUCGAGCUUACUACGGGCACGCCGCUAGCCGCGUUUGAUAACGCAGAAGGUAGCGGCUUUGUGCCAAACGAUGGCGUUACCGAACGCAGCACUUCCUCGCCGACGCGCUAUCUACUCGAACGUGAAAACAAACACAAUUACGUUGCGCGUUCGAAUGCGAGCCACACUUUUGAAGGUAGCGGCUUUGUGGAUACUUACAACGCGGCGCCACCCACAGCAUCAAUGCCCCCGCGUCUUUAUUGGAUUUCAAACAAUGGCAGCGGUGAUAUAGUCGCUGCAUUACAACCAAGCGCCGCCGCGCAAUGGUUCACCACGGGUGUAUAUUUCGAUUAUGCGCUCUCACGCAAUGUGACCGCCAAAACGGGCUGCUAUGGCUUUUGGGCGAGUUAUGUGAAUGUAAGUGGUGAUAUAUUGGCCACCAGCUGUUUGCGCGCGUACCCGCGGUGGAUGCGCGAAAUGCGCGCACAGGUGGGUGGUAUGCGUAUGCGCGAUCUCUUCAUACCUGGCACACACGACUCCGGCUCGUAUAGACCCAAUUUCGAUCCACUACUGCGCGAAACGAUCGUCACAAAGUAUGCGCUGACACAGGAUGAUGAUAUACGCGGUCAGUUGUUGCACGGUGUACGUUAUUUGGAUAUACGCGUUGGUUAUUAUCGCAAUACGCCCGAGCGUUUCUACAUUAAUCAUGGCGUUACACGACAGCGUCCUCUAGCGGAAAUUAUCGAGCAAGUUAAAGAGUUCGUCUUGGAGACAAAUGAGAUUGUGAUAUUCGGUUUGAAAGAGUUUCCGGUUGGUUUCGGCAAAGGUCUUGGCGUUCAUCGUCUGCUGGUCAGUUUCUUACAGCAGCAAUUUGGCGAUGUUAUCGUGCAUCCUUCAGCGUCAUGGCGCUCAACAUUAAACGAUAUUUGGUCAAGGCAACAGAACGUCAUUUUGGCUUAUGAUAAGGGCCAAGUAGUGGCUGAAUUUCCAAAUACACUAUUUCGAUCGGUGGAGCAACGUUGGGGCAAUGUGCAAACAUGGCCAAAGCUGGAGAAGUACUUACGUUCAAUUAACAACUUUGAUGUUUCUCGCCUAUCAAGCCGACCCAUUGCUGAUAUGGCAGAACUUACACCCGACACGUGGGGUGUUAUACUCGACAAAUAUGGUGGACUGCGAAAAAUGGCCGAUCAAGUCAAUUGGCGUAUUUCUGAACUUUAUCGCGACGAAUUGGGCGCAAAUGCGAAUAUUGUAGCGGUGGAUUUCAUUCGUGGCACCAGCCUAAUGGAUAUCGCUCUCGAAUGGAAUAAACGUAAAGUUGUGUACUACUAGUGGUAGAAGUAAAUUUACAUAUAAAACUCUAUAUGUAAUUAAGAUAUCUAAAUCCGCCUUAGUUUAUGGUGCAUUUUCUUAAAAUAAAAAUACAGGUUCAAAAAUUUUGUAUCAAAUAUAAAAAUAAAAGAACCGCAGUAUUUAGCUUACCAAGUUAUUCUCUUUUCUCGGUCAGUGAAAAAAAAAUUAUUUUAAAAUUAUUGAGAAUAUUUGUGAAAUAAAUUAAGCCAAAGUAUUAUAUUUAUGAAGACAGACAUGUUAGUCAUUAUGAUUAUAACUUUUUACAAAUUUUAUAUUCAACAAAAAAUGUAAAAAAU